UGAACUUUGAAAUAUUGGAAGACUACUCUUCAAGAAUUGACAGCAUGUCUAACUAUUCAAAGGGAGGAGAGGACCAGUUUAUUUGUGUGGAAAAAGAUGGAGGAUUUAUUACAGAUAUUCUCAACAUUUACUUCUCUAUUGAUGAUAUCCCUGAUAAGAAGUGGCUUAUCAAUAUUAAAGGGCAUAUAGGGAUGAACGAUCUUUGUAUUGAGAUAACCAAGUAUUUGCAAGAUAACUUUGAGGAAUAUUACUGAAUCAGUUCUCUUAAAGUGUCUCAUAUAAUCGAUGCCUGAAAUAAUUCUACUCUUCCUCUAGAAGGCACUGUGUCUGAAUAUCUUUGUGAUAAUUCAGAGAUAAUUUGUCAUCUAGAGUCGCUCGAUAUUUGGAUAAAUCUAAUAAUGCAGCUCAAAAAUGGUCAAAAAGUAACUCAAAUAUGUGUUAAAAUGAAGGUGGAUAAUCACAUCUCCACUCUGCAGGUCAAGAACAUCUGCCAAAAGUUAGGAAUAAUCUUCUGGAACAAGCUUUGAAAUGAAUACAAUGGGAAUCCAAUUAAUGAUAGCAGAGACACAACUCCAGACUUGAAGAAUGGAUUAAAUUAUAGGAAUUCUUAUUCUCGAAAUGCUGGAACAAGGCUGAGCAUUAGAGAGGCUGAUAGGAACAAAAGCACCGUUCAUAAGCGAAAAAGCAUUAACCAUGAUGGAACACUGAUGAGAAGUCUCCCUGAUGCUGGUGAAUUUGAACGAAAUUGCUCAAAAUACUUAAGCCUUGAAGUCAUUGAAGAAGAGAACAAAAGUGGAUGAAUACCCCCAAUAGAUCAAACACAAGAAGACGAUUUCAGAAUAGACCCAUUCAAGAAGCAGAAGCUAUUUGUCCUUGAGCAAUUUGAAUGCAAAUAAAGUAGUUAAAGGCCAAACUAGAUACACUACUACUUCACAGAAAGAUAUGUUUGAAGACAGACUUGAGGAAUUAGAAGCAUGUUGCUCUGGUGAACUCAGAGAGUUCCAAACUGAUGGAAAUGGCUCGUUAGCAGAAGAAAGAGUGAGGGUCAAGACUGUACUAAAAUAACAAUGAUACCAUAAAGUGUAUUGCAACAUUCAAAUCUGUCGAAGAAGCAACUAAAGAACAAGGAAUAGGUAGAAAAACAAGGGAGAGAAUUCAUUCCAGAGAUCAAGAUGAACUAUGAAAAAGCCCUGUAGUCUGUAAUUCUCCAGGAAAAGUUAACAGGAGGAGAAGAAAAUCAGAAGCUUACAGGCUUGAAUGCAGUGACAUUUGAAGAAGUAAACAGAAAUAAAAGCUUUGCUUCAGAAACUUCAAUAGAAGAACAAGAACAAACAUGAGUAUAUGCUAACAUAAUAGUGACUAAAGGGGGAAGAGACUUAUCCCAAAGCACUCCUGACCAAUCUCACCAACUUGAGACCAACAAAGGUUUAGAGACUGUUAAUUCUGACGAUUCAUACUCAGAACCAUCCCACUUCCCCAAAAUUCCAGAGUCUUCAGCAAAGAAAAACUUCUUCUCUAAAUUCGCACUCAGACUAGGUCUAAAAUAAAACAGAAGUGGUCAAAAAGAAGCCACUGAAGAUCAACGAGAAUGUGCUGUCAAAAUAUGAGCUUGAAAGAAUACCAAUACCAUUGUUAAAGAACUUUAUUGUCCAGAAUAUUGAUCCUUCGUUUAUAUCGACAGGAAGGAAGGUCCGUACGAAGUCUAACUUCAUGCGAAACACAUCUCUGAGUCCAAGAGGAGGUUGAUGGGGAAAAUGAAUAAUCUUUUAA